UCGGCCAGAGGAACCCACCGCGAGGUCCAGACUUCGGACACAGGGAAAGAGAUGGAAGAGAAGGAAGGAGGCUCUUUGCUCAGGGCCAAAGUUUCCCCCCAACCCAAGGCCACUUUCGCCACACAAUCGCCGUCCAACUCCAGGACCCUCCUGUACCCCCAACGUCACGCCGAUUCAUAUGACUGCAGGAAGUACUUUGUGACAAGGCCAGGAGCCUUCGACCAAGCCAUGGAGGACCUCAAGAACCAACUGGCAGCAAACAAGGGAGAGGAGGCUCAGAGCUUCUGGCUACUCACUGAGAUUGAUCACUGGAACAUCGAAAAGGAGCGGAUCGUGGUGCUCACUGAUGCUGCCCUCCUGGUGUGCAAAUACGACUUCAUCAUGCUCAAAUGCCUGGACCUCCAGAGGAUCUCCCUGGGCUACAUCGAGAAGAUCUCCACGGGCCCCUUCGCAUUUCCAGAGAAGUCCUUGGACAGGUGA